AUGUCAUCAACUGGAAAAUGUAUUGGUAUUAGAGAAUCUACCAAAGAACCACUUUGUGAAUUUGAACGUCGUCAAAAAAAAUAUGCCGAUGACUUGGGUAUUUCAAUGAAAGAUAUGGAUUAUCUUUCUGAUGCUGAGCUACUAAAACAAUUUAAUACGUGUUGCAUUAAAGACGAACUAGCAGACAAUGAUGCUCUUGCGCGUCUCGCGCCUGUGCCACUCUUUUUCUAUAGAUUUCCUCAAGCAGGUAUUGAAUAUUCUGGUCGAAGUGGACAAAUUACUCAUGGAAAUAAAAUAGUAUACGAUGCAUGCCGUUAUUAUGGUGCUUUGAGUGUUGCUGCUCUGCAUGGUUCUACAAAGGAACAAUUACUCGAUAAUGAAUUUUACUCGAAGCACAAAUCCUGGUUUAGUAACAUCGAACUUCAUCCUGCUGUAGAGUCCGUUGCUAAAGGAUCGUAUAAAAGAAAUGGCUACGAUGCCGGUAUUCGAGGUAAAGAUCAUAUUGUGAGUGCUCUAGAAGCUGCACUAUGGGCAUUUUGGUCCGAUGACGGCUCAUUUGAGAAAGGCGCUCUGGCUGCUGUUAAUCUGGGUGAUGAUACAAAUACCACAGCUGCUAUAUAUGGACAAUGA